GAGUGAUUCAUGAACUCAAGAUGGAAAAGUCUUUAUAAAUGUGAGGAUUGAUCUUUUUCUCCAUAAAUAAAUAUCUCUUAAAUAUGCAACAAUUACCAGCUCAUUCAGUUUACUAAGUAUAAGAAAGCAAGGAAACAGCAGAUGCUGUUGCAUACGCAUUCCUCUAAAACACUGGUGAGCCUGUGCAAUACCCAUAUAAAUACCCAAAUAUUGCAGACGACGAUGUUAGAAUAAGAAUUUUAUUUACUGGAUUAUGUCAUAGUGAUUGCCUUCAUUCAAGAGGAUUAUGGGAUCCAUACAUGUAUAAUAAAGUAAUAUCCUUUUAGCAAAUACCCUAGUUGUCCAGGACAUGAAGUUGUUGGAGUAGUUGAGAAAGUUGGAACAGGAGUCACAAAGUUUAAAGUAGGUGAAAAAGUUGGAUGCAAUCCUUAGAGAUGGAUGUGUUAAACAUGCGAGUAAUGCAAGAAAGGAGAUAAUUAAUUAUGUUCACAAAAUAUUGGCUUAUAUGAUGAUAACAAUUUUGGUGGAUAUUCAACUCACAUCUAAGUUGCUGAAAGAAUGGUCUUUAGAAUUCCAGAUGGUAUAUAGAAUAUCAAUCAAUAGGAUUCAAUGAUGCCUUGGGUUCUCCUUUAUUGUGUGCUGGUGUCACAGUCUAUGCUCCAUUAAAAAGAUUUUACAAACCAAAUUUUACAUGUGCUGUCAUUGGUAUUGGUGGAUUAGGACACUUGGCUGUUUAAUAUGCAGCUAAAUUGGGCAUGACUGUAACAGCUUUUACAACAAGCAAAAAUAGAGAACAAGAAAUUAAGAGAUUAGGUGCUUCAAAUCUCUCCAGCUCUAUUGAUGUUGAAAGUUUGAAAGCUGAACAAGGAAAAUAUGAUAUUGUCAUCAACACACUUUAUAUUGAAGAUGAAGAUGUUUUUAAGAGCCAUUAAAGAUUAACUGCCCCAACAGGUACAUACAUCUAAGUUGGUGCACCUCCUUCAAAAGUAAACUUCAAAUUAGACCACGCCUAUAUCAUCUUAAAUUAAAUCAGAGUUGCUGGUUCAUUGAUUGGUAAUUAUGAUGAGACAUAAGUAAUAUCUUUUAUCAAAUUUAGGAAAUGCUUGAAUUUUCUGCAUAAAAUAAUGUUUAUCCAAUUGUGGAAACUUUUGAAUUUGAAGACUUUCCAAAAGCUUUUGAUAGAAUGGAAAAAGCCCAAGCCAAAUUCAGAUGUGUAGUGAAUGUUGGAAAAUGGGCUUAAGCCAAUGGUUUAUGGAAAUGAGUUUAAUAAAAUUAUAUCAAUAAAUAUCCAAAUUAGAUACAAU